GUCCAAAUGGAACACAGCACUAGAGCAUCAGUUAAGAAGAUAAAGAAGGAAAGCUCUGAGCAGACACUUGUUAGAGAGUGUUUAAAGCAUUCAGAUGAAAAACCAGAAUUUAACGUGAAGGAAGCUAUCUACAACGAUAUAUACUCUGGCUCAAAGAAGACCUCAAAAUCAAUGAUGCAGAUUUUGAGAGAGAAUAAUGACCCUGAGACUUUAAAAAGAGAGAUAGAUUUGCUUAAUAAUUUUAAUUUUCCUAAGGAAGUCAGGGUGUCUUCCAAUAUACUUGAGAUGCAUCCACAGAUCUUGAAGGACAAGUUAAGGAUAAGCAAGGUUAUUCACAAGCAUUUUGAUCCAUCACUUUAUGAACGUGAAAAUAUUAAGGCAAUAAAACAGAUUAUGAAACUUGAUCGUUCAGAGACCCUUGACAACCCUGAAAGCUUAUACAAACCUUAUGCUAAGGAAGAGAAAGGUAUCAGAGCUCUACUUGAGAAGCGACGCAAGAUCAAGAAAAGGAAUACGAAUAAAAGUUUUGAUUCCAAGAGAGAUCUUCCUCUUGGCAAGGUCAUUCUUAACGAUUUUAAAACCUUGCUCGACAAAGAUGAUAAUCUUGAAAAUAAUCGGUCUUAUUUAGAUCGAAAGAAUAAAGUCGUUGAUAUUAUGGAUGAUUAUUACUCGCGCCAUAUACAUAAAGGACUUCAUAAACCAGAACAUUUGUUCAUGUUCAAGGCAAAGCCUAUGAUACCUCCAGGAAGGAUCCUACUUGAGAUAGAGAGAAGGAAAGACAGAACAAAAGACAGAGGACCUAAGAUCAAGGUCGGUGAAUCUGAGGUUUCACUAUUGUCACCGAUCAAAGGAGGUCGCGAUCAGUUCACCUUUGAAGAUUUUAAUGGAAGUCAUAUUUUACCAAAUGAUCCUUCCAAAGAUACUGGUGAAUUUAAAGUAAUUAAAAUGAGGAAUAAUAGUGUCUCUUUUAUAAAAACUAGACCUAAGAAAAGUAAUGAAGAUAUUACUGAGGUCAUGAAUAAAAGUCCUAAAAUAUCUCAUUUACAGAAAUCAAUGGAGGUGCUGAAGAAUCCUGACAAUGAGAAAGAUCACAGUCCUAAGAAGAUAAUUGAUUCUGAAUAUAUUCCAAAGCUUCCAAAUAUAAAAAGGAAAAUAAAAUACCAAACUCCUAAGAAAAAGCGUCCAGAGAGAGCAGUGAAACUCAACUCCAUAAACACAUCUUCAAUUAACCCAAAAUUGCCGCCUAAAAUUCAAAUUCCUCUCCCAAAACCACCUCACUGUUCAUCUAAAUCUAAAACAGAGCUGAAUCUUCAAAAUCCUCAGCUUCAACUCUGUAAAAAGCUCUCAGAUCUUGCUAAAAAUAACAAAUAAAUUCACAAAUAAAAGUUAUUCGAAAAAGAUGGAUUCUAUCUCAACGUCCAUUGAUAAACUUAAAGGGGCCAUUGAGACCUACGAAGAGCACUUGAAUGCAAAUGUGUUUAACAAGAACAUCACUUUAGAAGAGAUCAAGGAGGAUAAUGAGCUAGCUCGGGUGAGAAAUAUAGAUAAUUUCUUAAACCCCAGGUCUAUCCAUAAAUUUAAGAAUGAGAAUUUCUUGAAUUCUCUCUAUUUGAGCCACAUGCAGAGUAAAUCUCUGUGGAAGCCAGAUAAGUUCAAGCUAGCAGACCGACUGAUUUAUAACAUCCAGCAGAAUCAAUAGACAUUUUAGUGAGGAUUUUAUAACAUUUUGACAAUUUG